AUGGGCGUGCGCAACUGCCUCGACGGCAAUAAUAUGUCAGGACAACGCAAUAUCCCCCUUGAACUCGGGGAACAGCCCGAGCAACCAUCUUUGGAGGCCUCAGGGGCAGCUGCCCCCAGUGCUGGGCCUGGCGCAGCCGAAGAGAUGGAGACCGAACCGCCUAACAGCGAGUCCAUCCCCAUCAAGACCGAAGGCGAGGCCUGUGGACCCCCAGAGGUCUCCAAGCCCAACUUCCAGGGCCUCGGCCAAGCCCUGGAGGAAGCCGGAGCCCAUGGAGGUUACAGCCCACCUCCUGAGGAAGCCAUGCCCUUCGAGGCCGAGCAGCCCAGCGUGGGAGGCUUCUGGCCUGCCCUGGAGCAACCUGGAGGCACCAGUGGGGCCCAUGCAAACCUCGAGGGCCUCAGCCCAGCACUGGUGGAGCCUGGAUCCUUCCAUGAGGCCAGGCCAGGCCUGGGAAGCUACAGCCCUCCACCAGAAGAAGCCAUGCCCUUUGAGUUUGAGCAGCCUGCCGGGGGAGAUUGCAGCCAGUCUCUCCUGCAGGUCUCAGACCUCACUCCAGGAGGUCCGGGAGCAGGGGUCCUCAGCGCUCCUCCUGAGGAGCCCGGAGCCCCCAGUCCUGCAAAGGCAGGCUUCAGAGGAGGCUGCAGCCCUCCCCCGGAGGAGGCUAUGCCAUUUGAAUUUGAUGGAGCAGCCUUUGGAGAAGACGGCCCAGCCUCCGGGCUCCCCGGAGCUAUCCUACAAAUCGACGGCGGUGGCGGCAGCCAGGUCGCGGCAGUCGCGGUGCCGAGUGCGGUCCUUCUCGCUCCCGCCACGAACGAGCCCCCCCACGGGGUCCCAGACGCCAUCGGCAGCCCAUCCCGAGAGGCUGUCAGACCUUCUCCACACUUCGCAGGCGACAGCCCCCCGAUGGAGAUCUCCGGAUCCCCGCUCAAGAUUGGCAGCACCCCCGUUGGGGUCGACGACGCUCCCAUCAACAUGGACAGCCCCCCAAUCGCGCUUGACGACCCGCCCAUCGAGGUCUCCCGAGCCCCAGUUAAGAGAGCGCGAGCAGAGGGAGAGAGACCCCCAGUUGAAGGAGAAGCAGCCGAGAUGGAAAGAAGCUCAGCCGCAGCUGCCGGGGAGGGAGGCAAAGUCCCCUCUCCAGGAGACGGAGCUCCUGCCGCCCCUGAUGCCCCAGCCGCCGGGGCCGCCCCAGCCCCUGCUGCCCCUGCCUCCGGAGCCCGCCCCAAGAUCCGUUUCCUCAGACCCCCCAGCCCCGAGAUACAGGCUGCCGAUCCGCCUGUUCCGCGGCCUCCUCGCGCGUAUGCCUGGCGGGGCAGGUCUGAGCGCGGCCGGGGCCGCGACGACGACGAAGGAUCGGUCAGUAGCGACGACGACCGCAGCAGCGAUGGGUCCGACGAUGGGACCUUCGGAUGCCAUCGCUGCGUGCAGCCCCGGCGAAGCCGCCGCCGCCGAAAGCCCCGGCGCAACUUGCUCCGCAACUUCCUCGCGCAAGCCUUCGGGGGCUGCUUCGGCCGAGCCGAGAGCGCCGAGCCCAGAGCCCCGCGAAGCCCCAAGGUCAAGAAGAUUCCACUGGCGGAGAAGCGCAGACAGAUGCGCAGGGAGGCCCUGGAGCGGCGCGCUCAGAAGCGCGCAGAGAAGAAGCGCAGCAAGCUCAUCGACAAGCAGCUACAGGACGAAAAGAUGGGUUACAUGUGUACACAUCGCCUGCUGCUUCUAGGUGCUGGAGAAUCUGGUAAAAGCACCAUUGUGAAGCAAAUGAGGAUCCUGCAUGUUAACGGGUUUAACGGAGAGGGCGGCGAAGAGGACCCGCAGGCUGCCAGGAGCAACAGCGAUGGUGAGAAGGCCACCAAGGUGCAGGACAUCAAGAACAACCUGAAGGAGGCCAUUGAAACCAUCGUGGCCGCCAUGAGCAGCCUGGUGCCCCCCGUGGAGCUGGCCAACCCCGAGAACCAGUUCAGAGUGGACUACAUCCUGAGCGUGAUGAACGUGCCGGACUUUGACUUCCCUCCCGAAUUCUACGAGCACGCCAAGGCUCUGUGGGAGGACGAGGGCGUCCGCGCCUGCUACGAGCGCUCCAACGAGUACCAGCUGAUUGACUGCGCCCAGUAUCAGAAGUACAGGUUCAAGAUGAAGGUUUUGACCGCUCCGGGAGGGGGCGGGGCGGAGCGCGCGUUAGUAGCAGUUAGGGCAGCUGGAGAGCUGCAUUUCAUGGACCACAUGGAGCGGAAGGGCACUGUGUCGGCUUCCUGUUCGGACCUGCUUCGCUGCCGCGUCCUGACCUCUGGGAUCUUCGAGACCAAGUUCCAGGUGGACAAAGUCAACUUCCACAUGUUCGACGUGGGCGGCCAGCGCGACGAGCGCCGCAAGUGGAUCCAAUGCUUCAACGAUGUGACCGCCAUCAUCUUCGUGGUGGCCAGCAGCAGCUACAACAUGGUCAUUCGGGAGGACAACCAGACCAACCGCCUGCAGGAGGCUCUGAACCUCUUCAAGAGCAUCUGGAACAACAGAUGGCUGCGCACCAUCUCCGUGAUCCUGUUCCUCAACAAGCAAGAUCUGCUCGCCGAGAAAGUGCUCGCGGGCAAGUCCAAGAUCGAGGACUACUUCCCCGAGUUCGCGCGCUACACUACUCCUGAGGAUGCUACUCCCGAGCCCGGAGAGGACCCGCGCGUGACCCGGGCCAAGUACUUCAUCCGCGACGAGUUCCUGAGAAUCAGCACUGCCAGCGGGGACGGGCGCCACUACUGCUACCCCCACUUCACCUGCGCCGUGGACACCGAGAACAUCCGCCGCGUCUUCAACGACUGCCGUGACAUCAUCCAGCGCAUGCACCUCCGCCAGUACGAGCUGCUGUAAGAAGGGAACCCAGAUUUAAUUAAAGCCUUAAGCACAAUUUAUUCAAAGUGAAAUGUAACUGUACACGCGGUUAGUCACCCACCAUAGGGCGUGGCUAACAAAAGCACCCUUCCCUUCCCCCCGUGAUUUUGCGAAAACCCCUUUUCCCCUGCAGCUUGCUUAAAUAUUCCAAAUUUAGAAAGCUUAAGGCGGCCUACAGAAAGAAAAUUAAAAGGCCACAAAAGUUCCCUCUCUCUUUAAGUAAAUGAAAUAACAGCAGCCGACAGAAUUAAAUAAAUAUUGUCUUGUGCAGCAUUAAAAAAAAUCAAUAAAAAUUAAAUGUGAGCAAAA